AUGAAAAACAAAAAGAUGAAAGACAAGGUACCCAUCACUACCAUCAUUGAACAAUUGUCAAGUUUCACCAAUUCAAUGAAAAACAGAAGAUUUACAACUAAAUCAAAAAUGAAAGAUUUAAACCUACCACAUCACCAGAUGGCAGAUCUUGAUUCAUUAGCAGCAGAUGAAACCUUGUAUAUAUUUGCAAAGAAUGUGGGAAGUAAAAAAAAAUUGGAUUUUAAUAAUAUCUUCGAAAAUAAUUAUAUAUCAUGUCUUCAAGAGUUGUCAAAUAAAUCAAGAAAAGCAAUUUCAAGAGUUGUCCAAUUUAGCAGUAACUAUCUAUUAUUCAAUGCUGGAAGAUGCUGCAUUGUCAUAAAUACAAAAUUAAUCAGUUCCAAAAUUGAGAAAUUAAAUGAAAUCACAAAUCAAUUCACCAAUUCCAAAUCAAAAACCAGAUGUGUAGAUCUAGAAUUAAAAAUUUUUGAUUAUGUAAUUAAAGUUGUCAAUAGUUAUUAUGAUACAGUAUUUUGUGAUCAAAAAUUAACUCAAUUAAAAGAAACAACAAAAAAUUUAGAGCAUUACAAAGGCAAUAUCAUAUUUGCUGCUGAUUUAAAUUUCAAUACAACGACUAUUGCAAACAAUGAUGAAGAUAAUUAUCAGUAUAGGUAUUCAAAAGUUUUGAAAAAAUUUGUGGAUGAUCAUAAGUUAAUUCCAAUAACAGGUAUUUGUAAAAAUGUAUUAGCAACAAACUUUGGUGCAUCAACUGCUAUUCCAGAUGUUUUGUAUGUUUCAGAAGGGUUGGUGAAACUACUUAAUUUUGCUGAAGUAAUGUUCGACGGACAUUCAAGUCAUGCAUAUCAAAGAUUUGGUAUUUCAAAUAAUACUUCCAAUAUAAAAUUAAUUGAUUAUUCCAGCAAUGUUCAAAAUAGCAAACUUUUAUAUGACAGAAACAUGGUAAGUGGAAAAAAGAUUCAACUGGAAAAACUUAUGAAGCAUUAUAAAAAGAAAAUUAGAAAAGCUGAUGGGUUAGUCAAGAAGCAGCUUGAAGCCAAGUUGGAUAUUGCUACCCAGAAUUAUGAAAAAGCAUCUGCAAAAAAAGAUGACUUAACUAAUCAAUUAAAAACUGAGGACUUAAGUUUAAAAUAUGAAAUGAAUGGAUCAGCAAAGCAAGAGUUGAGUAGGAAUUUAGAAUAUGAUAAUAUAACUAUGUUUGGAUUUGAUCACAAAAAAUUAGAGGAAAUUAAAGUCGAUUCAGUUGAUGACACAGCUUCAUAUACAACAUUAUUAGAUCCGAAAGGUCGUAAAAGAGCAAAAAUGGUUGAAGAUGAAGAUGAUGAUGAAGAUAUUGAAAUCAUACACACUCCGAGAUCUAAGAAAAGAAGAAAAAACAAUUUGUUGUUAGAUGAUGAUGAUAGUGAUGGAGAAAGUGAUGAUGAAGAUAGUGGUUACAAACCACUCCCAUUUUGUAUUGUGAAUUAUAUUACCAAAAGAACUAGUCAAGAAGUUAACAUGAUAGGCUCCACCAGGUUCGCUAAUGUUUUGAAGGAUUUAGAAAAUGUGGAUCCAACCGCUAAGACAUAUAAGCUAACUACUCAAAGAUUGUAUUGGUUAUUACAUAAAUUAAAAUUAUCAGAUAAUAUUGAUUUUGACGAAGAUAAUUAUGAAUUUACAUUUAAGGAUGAGUUUAUUAAGAAAAAAAUGGUUAAAAACUUUGAGAAUGAAAUCAUUGGCGAAUUGGGUGAUUGUGUUUAUAUAUCAGUGGAUAUUGCAUUAGCUUAUAAUAAAUUUGGAUCAAAUUAUAGUAAAAUCUCAUCUUCAUUAAAUUCCAAAUACAAAACAAACAUAUUCAAAGCAGAUUACAUUUUUAAACACUUGAAGGUUUUGAUUAGAAAAGAGAUGUUGGUUCCAAGAGAUCAAUCGUUAAAUCAAAAUGAGGUUUUAAUGAAUGAUGCUGAAGUCAUGUUUAGUAGAAGUUUUAUUGAGGACUCAAUUAUUAAUAUUGGUGAUACAAAUGAUGAUUACAAAAAGAUUUUGGAUUUACAUACAAUGGAAAGUCAAAAAAGUAUUAUUUUUCCUGUUUAUUUAGACUCCAUGAAUUACAAAUUGGAGGAAGUAUUACCAACUAGAGCUAAUUUGGGAGAAGGAAACCAAAGUUCAAGUGAUGAGCAAUAUCAAUUGCACAAAAGUAUAGUGUCAUAUGCGAAUGCACAAAUUUUGAAUGGUGCUGAGCCAGAUUCAUACAAAUGGGAAGAUUAUAUGGCGCCCUUUGAUUUAUCAGUGUCCAAAUUAAGGCAUAUAUGGGGAAGACUUAAACAUAUUUAUUAUAAAUUUAAUGGCUUGUGUUUUGUUGAACUUUCGAGAACGGAAAUCAAGGAUAGUUAUGAUGCUAAAGUUCAUGACACUAGUGGAACUUUGAGAUGGAAUGAAUCUGAUGAAUUGGUUUUGUUAAAAGUUGCUAAAGAAUUUACGCUAGAUGAUGGUCAAGCAGAUUUAGAACUAAUUCAGCAAAUUUUUUUUCCAAAAAGAAAGCUAGAGUUUUUGCAAGGGAAGUUAGAUGAAAGUGUAAAUGAAAGUGUAAAUGGAGAAAGUAUGAGAUUGACAUGGGAUCGAUCAGAAGAGGUAAUCCUAUACAACGCUACUCUCGAAUUGACUUUGAGAUAUGGAUUUCCCGAUUUUCAGUUAGUUAAAAAUACUUAUUUUCCAGAAAGAAGUAUUGAUUCAUUACGGCAGAAAUAUACCAGUUUUUUUGAAACACCGGGUGACAUAGGAGAAGAUGAAGGUGCAGUUAUAUUUGAAACGAUGAUUUUGUUUACAGCAAAUGAAAAUAAUGUGAAUUUUGUUAAAAAUCAAACAAUCUAUUCUUUCAUUCAAAAAAAAUUACAAGACAAAUUUGGAAAACUCAGAAAGGUUCAAACAAUAAAAUGCUGGUGGGAAGAAUUUGGCCAACCAAAUUUUGUUAGCGAUAAAUAA